AUGACUCCCCCCGCCAGCAACAGAUUGUCGACUCGCCUGGCCAUUCGCCUGAUUCCAAUAUUCAUCCUCUGCGUCUUUGUCGUCGCGACAUACAUAUUUGUCGGCCACAUAUGUGUGCAAUACUACAUCCAGGAAAAAGGUCGCGUCGCCUUCGGUGCAGGGAUGAUUGCCUUGUACUUUAUCAUCUUCUUCAUCAUGCUAUCGGCGUACCUCCGAACAUUUGUUACCGUCAUCCGCGACCCAGGCCUAGUGCCGCUCCUCAGAGCCCAAACCGAUGACACCAACGAGAAGCAACCACCACCGCCCCCGAGACGGCGACGGGGACGAAACUGCAAAGACGAACCUGAUAUCGAAGCACAGACGUGGGCACCGAUGGACAUGAGCUCCGACAGUCCCGGGCUGGAAGCCUUUUAUAGCAAAGACGUAUUUGCGUGCGAGCCCGACGGCCGUCCCAAGUGGUGCUCUGGCUGUUGUCAAUGGAAGCCCGACCGCGCCCAUCAUUCGAGCGAGCUCGGACGCUGUGUGCGAAAAAUGGACCACCUAUGUCCUUGGGUAGGAGGCAUGGUGUCGGAAACCUCAUUCAACUUUUUCUCCCAAUUUACAUUCUACUGCUCCCUGUACUGCUCACUCGUACUCGCCAUAACGGGAUAUACGGUCAGUCAGCAGUCGACCGAGCGUCCGUCUCCUGAUGGCUGGGUCGUCGCAGGCCUGGUGCUCUCGGCCUUUUUUGUGCUCUUCAGCGGCGGCAUGGCAUUGACCUCGCUGCGGUACAUCCUCACCAACAUGACCAAUAUUGACAUGUUUUCCCGCUCCCGCAAUUCGUACCUCGCCGUUCGCGUGCCGCUUGACGCGCCCACCUCUAGGUACUAUCCCACCGUCUUGUACCCGCUGGAGCCGCUGCCGCCGCGGACCAGCCUUGUCGCCGCACCACCGCCGACGCCGCCUGCGGGCGCGGACAUUGGCGAUCCUGGUGCCACCCCUGUCGUCGGGCGGCCCGUGGCUGGUGGCGGCCAGCCGGCCGUCGCCAGCCGCGACGUGCGGGCGCGGCGCAAAUUUGCCAUUUUGUGCGUUGAGGCGCGCGAGAAUCCGUGGGAUCUGGGUUUCCGCCGCAACUGGGUGUCCGUCAUGGGCAGCACCCCGUGGGAGUGGCUGCUUCCCAUCAGGCACUCCCCUUGCUGCGACCACGACAGCAUGGUGAGUGACUACCCUACCGGCAACACAUUGUACGAGAUCAAGAGACGAUAUCAUUUUGAUGAAUGUGAUAUUCUUGAUCCCUCGCGCGAAAAUCAACCUGUUUCUGUGUAG